GUGAAAGGUCUUGGUAGUAGAGUACCUUGUUCGAGUUUUUUGUUUUUUUUAUGAAUGUUAUACUAACUAUGCGGACUUUCAACUGAGGACAUAAAGUGAAUAUGGAAGAAGUUUUGUCCAACCUGGGCCUUCUGUGCUCAAAGAGUAAAAAACCUUUUCCAUCACGUUGUAUUGCGGACAAAAAUUACGUUGAGUCGAAACUUUCAGGGCAAGAUGAAAAAGAUGAGAAUCUUCCCGAGCAUCUUCUUCGCGGCUGUGAUCGAAGAACGAGCACAACAAGCUACGAUCAUGACCCCCUCAAAUCCAAAUCCGAAUCCAACGAAGAUCCCGGUGUGCGGGUCUGGCGCGUGAGCGAGUCCAGCUGGUUUUACCUAGCGGAAAGGCACAGCGUACCUGCUCCCUUGCGCUUCACGAAGGAGGAAAUUGAGGAGUUCUGGACUGCGUAUUGUCCGAAGGAGCGGCAAACGAUCACAGCAUACGGCAAGCAAAUGCAGCUCGGUCGCGGUAUUCGCGUCUUCUAUUGGUUGCCCGAUGCAGGUGUGUCUACGGGGGAAACUACCAGGAGUGGGACUGGAGAGAGGCAUGCUUCUCGAGCAGAGAAGAACGAUAAUUUUCCUGGAGGAAGUUCGUUGUUUUCGCUGCGAAUUGGAGGAAAUCGUGUGGAGCCAAGAGAUCUUCCAGAAGGUGGAAGACGUAUAAAGAUGUUGGCUUACAAUUGUGCACUUGUGAACUUCUAUGACUCGGGAGUGGAUUCGAUUGGUUGGCACUCAGAUCGCUCUACCGGUCUGCGGACAGAGGUUCCCAUUGUGACCGUAAGCCUAGGACCCGGCGAGCGCGAAUUUUCUUGGAAGCCAGCAAAAAGGGCUGCAUCGAGCAAAAUCCCGAGGACGGUGCAGAUGACGCGCGAAAGGAGCCCCAGGCGCGCAGACCAAAGCUUCAGCAGCGACUACAACGGGUCCUGGUCCACGAAGACGUGUGAAGAACCUCUACAGUCAUGCUGCACGGUUGUCGAUCAUGUUACUGAAAAUGAUCUUCAGCAAAAGGGCACAGUGCUACUGCGCGAUGGAAGCGUGUCGGUGAUGGGAGGCCUUUUUCAGGAGGAGGCUCUUCAUUGCAUACCCAAACGCAAAGGCGUAACGGAAUGCCGCAUCAGCAUUACACUGCGUUCGCAAAUGAUGGCGCACGACUCUAAGAUUGCGUAUAAGUAGAAGAAUCUGAAUCUUGCACCGCGCCGGUGUCUAAAAAAGGAGGUACCUUUGUCAUUGACACCAAGGACAAAACAAAGAAACUAAUGUGGAUGUUUGCAGGAAAGGGGUCUUUGCCUUUGGCAUGUGCAGCAGGGAAUUGAGAAUAUUUAUCUCGCUGUGCCAUGAUAUUGACUUCUCCUGAUUGAUUCAGUUCGACUGCGAUCACUCCGUUAGAGUUUCAUCUCUUGCAGUCGAUUCAGUUCGACUUAGAGGCCAGCUUAGUUGUUGAGCAUUGGACACUUUCAGACCUCGUCCCUACAGUCAUCGGGAAAGUUGACAACAUACAGGGACGCAUGCAUGCGUUAGUACUCCUUUGCAUGGUCCUCGUUUGCCUACAGCUGCGAGUCCACACUCUUCUCUCUUUCAGGCAAAUCAGUUGUAAUUAGAUCGCUUUCUUGUGCCCACUCACCAGGCUUAGCAAUUCUAGGGCCGUCCUUGUGGAUACACUGCUGGAAGUGUAUUGUCCCGCUGGUAGACUAGGAGAAGCCCUCGGGAUAGAAGUUACUUCUAGGGCUUCAUAGGUUUUUAUCCGAACAAGAUGCAUAAAACUCCAGACAGUGAUGAGAACUAGGAACUUCGCUUUACUCCUGUUGCCACACACUAGUAGUUUUUAGAGGCAUUGGCACAAUCAGAUCACUGAGAUUCUUCUGCGGGGUUCCGUUAUUCCAGCACAUUUUUUUUUUUUCACUGAUUCCAAUGCUACAACCAG